AACGUUACUGCAUAGAUGAAACAAACUUGAAAGAAGAAUUCAUGUGUGGAUGAGCAAAAUUAUCUCUUACGUAUUUUUACUACAUACAUGCGCAGUUUUGUUUAAAUUGUGCUAGAAGUUUUUUAUGACACAUGUUUUUUGUGGAUGUAAUAUACUGAAAAACCAUGACUGCAGUUUUGAGUGGGACCGUCUUUACAAUAACAAUAUGUGCAGCGUUUCUCAGCGUUGUCAGUGCGCGACCUGCGCGACUGCAAGAUCAAUACGCACGAGGACUGGACUGGUUGAUUCGAUAUGGGUAUUUGCCAUCUCCAGAAUAUAGUAUUGGUCGACUUCAGACCAAGGAGGUCAUUGAAGAGUCUCUUCGUAAAAUGCAGGGUUUUGCUGGUAUUGAACAGACUGGGAAAUUGGAUCAUCCCACUCUAGAGUUGAUGGCCAGACCUCGAUGCUCUCUCCCAGACUUCAUCAGCUCUGAAGAACUGGUAAAAGAAAAGACAAGAGAUGGAGGAAACAUGGGGAGAUACACUCUGACAGGACUGAGCUGGGAUAAGACUGAUAUCACAUGGAGCGUGCACAAUUUUCCUUCUUCGUCCAUGUCUCCUACUCUACACCCAAGACUGGUGAGGCUCAUUUUGAGCUAUGCCCUCAAGAUAUGGAGUGAUGAAACACCUUUGCGUUUCCACAGAAUCGACCCCUCUUCAUAUGGCCCAUCACCACAGAUAGACUUCAACAUUACCUUUGCCACUGGCUACCAUGAGGAUGGAUAUGCUUUCGAUGGUAAAGGUGGCACGCUUGCACAUGCAUUUUUCCCAGGAAAGGGAGACCUUGCAGGUGACACACACUUUGAUGAUGGAGAAAAUUGGAGCUAUGGAGAAUGGAGCAGCAACUCGGAUUUAUUUACAGUUGCAGUGCAUGAGUUUGGUCAUGCAUUAGGUCUAAUGCACUCGUCCUCCAAUGUCUCCAUUAUGAAGCCUUAUUACUAUGGUCCCGUGGGGGACAUGCGCAGCUAUACAUUAUCCCCUGAUGACAUACUGGGAAUACAGGCCCUCUAUGGAAAAAAACAGGAUUAUAUUCCUUCUCCAUCUGUUGCUACACAUACAACCAAUCUACCUCACUUCCCAAUCUCUCCUCUUCCACAUCCGACUCAUCACUCGCGUACAUCGACCGAUCGAUGUCAGGGAGGUUAUGAUGCUAUUGGUAACAUUAGAGCAGAGGUUUUCUUCUUUAGAGGUCAACACUUUUGGAGAGUGCAUCAAUCAGGGUCACUCAUGUCAAUGAAUCCAGCUCUGAUACACAACUUCUGGAUCGGUUUGCCUCCAGAAAUGAACCAUGUUGAUGCAGUAUAUGAGAGAAGAGAUGGAUAUAUUGUGUUCUUUGUUGGUAAUAAAUACUGGUUAUUUAAAAACACAGUAUCCCUACCUGGGUACCCACGGCCACUUGCAGAUUGGGGUUUAUACACUUCUUCUGGAGAGGUUCCGGAGAGAGUUGAGGCAGUAUUUGUGUGGCCACACAAUGGGAAAACCUACCUGUUUAGUGGUGGGGAGUACUGGAGGUUUGAUGAAACAGGGACCGAGAGGAAACUUGAGGAAGGAUACCCUAAAUCAGCCUCUGUCUGGGGAAUACCUUCCCACCCUGAUGAUAUCGUUGGAUUUUUAGAUGGUAAUACAUACUUCUUUAAAGACACAAAUUACUGGAUAAUAAAAAGAGGAGGACUGGACCAGGAAUCUGCUUCCCCAAAGUCCAUUGCUGCUGACUGGAUGAAAUGUGAUGUCAUUUCGGCUCACACGCCUGAAAUGCCCAGAGAAGAUGAAAAUUGUUGUAGUGCUCACAACACAGCGGCUAUAAAUCAUGCUUUUACAACUGUUUUACAUUCAAUUAUCAUGCUUUUUAUUUUGCUUCAUUCAUUGUGCUGAUUACAUUACUUCAGUUUAAUCAGCAUCUUAGUUUGAUGUA